GUCAUCAAGCUGGGUUGAGACGGAGAGCUUUUCCACGUCAGUGUGUUUACGCGGAGCAGACUGACAGCUGACGGAGGCUCGCUUUAUUCAUUUAUGGACGAUAGUUUGUGAACAGUGAAUUCAUAAGCGGAGUUCUGGAACCUCACGGUGCCGCAGUGGAAUGUCCGCGUCCUCCAGCGUGUCUUCGUGUCGCACUGAGCUGAACUUUGCUCCGGUCACUGUUGGCCGGCUAGCCUGCUAGCUUGCCGAGCUAGGGUAGCAUUAGCUACAACAGGACCAUCUUUGAAAUAGAAGCUACACACAGAAAAGCAGCAUGGUGGACAAGAAUAUCUACAUUGUUCAGGGUGAAAUUGGUACUGUUGUUGGAGCUAUCAAGAGGAACUCCAGAUGGAAUACCCACACUCCACUGGAUGAAGAACAGGACCCAUUACUUAACAGCUUUGGCCACCUCAAGGAAGUACUCAACAACAUUAAAGAGCUGUCGAAUGUUGAACCCAACAUUUUUCUAAGGCCCUUCCUAGAGGUGGUUCGCUCUGAGGACACCACUGGACCAAUCACAGGCCUUGCCCUUACCUCUGUCAACAAGUUCCUUUCCUAUGGCCUGAUAGAUGCUAACCAUGAAGCAGCAGCCGAGGCCAUUGAGAACAUGGCGGACGCAGUCACGCAUGCUAGAUUUGUAGGAACAGACCCCGCCAGUGAUGAAGUCGUCCUUAUGAAAAUUCUACAGGUCCUGAGGACUCUGCUGCUAACACCAGUCGGAGCCCAUUUGACCAAUGAGUCUGUCUGUGAGAUCAUGCAGUCCUGCUUCAGGAUCUGCUUCGAGAUGCGCCUAAGUGAGCUUCUCAGGAAAUCAGCUGAACAUACACUGGUUGACAUGGUGCAGUUGCUGUUCUCCAGGCUACCACAGUUCAAAGAGGAGGCCAAGAGUUAUGUGGGUGCCAACAUGAAGAAGUUGAAGAUGCGCGCUGGUGGGAUGAGUGAGUCAUCCAAAUGGAAGAAGCAAAAACGCUCACCAAGGCCUCCUCGCCAUGUGGUUCGAAGUCCUGCUGGUCAGAUGGACCCAACCCAGUCCAGCGCUCUCAGCAACAACAACCUUUCAGGUGGAGUCCCGUUCAUUGAGCAAGGCUUUUCCACCUCUGUCCUACUAGCUUCAGACAGUGCUGGUUCGUCCAUUUCUAGCCCUACAACCACAGACAGCGGCCUGGACACCUGUUCUAAAGCCACAUCCAGGGAAGACCUUUCUGACCUAGAACAAUGUAGCUCAUCCGCAACAACCCCUAGCACUGCUACCACACUCCUUGGAGCUGAGCCUGGCUCUCUGGAUGCACAGUCUGAGGACAGACAGGUUGAACCAGCUCAGUCAGCUUCAGUGGAGUCCAUCCCUGAGGUUCUGGAGGAUAAAGACUCCAUUACAGAGCAGUCAGACAGUACCUCUGUCCACGACAUGGACUAUGUCAACCCCCGAGGAGUGCGCUUCACACAGUCCACACAAAGAGAGGGAGCAUCCCUCAUCCCUUAUGGCCUGCCGUGUCUAAGGGAGCUUUUUCGCUUCCUGAUCUCACUGACCAACCCGCAUGACCGCCACAACACUGAUGCCAUGAUGCACAUGGGCCUGCAGCUGCUCACUGUGGCACUUGAGUCAGGACACAUUGCUAACUACCAGUCUUUAUUAGGACUGGUCAAAGAUGAGCUCUGCAGGCAUCUCUUCCAGUUGCUGAGUGUGGAUCGUGUGAACCUAUAUGCUUCCUCCAUACGAGUUUGCUUCUUGCUUUUUGAAAGCAUGAGAGUACAUCUAAAGUUUCAGCUCGAGAUGUACCUAAAGAAACUGAUAGACAUAAUCACGUCAGAGAACAUUAAGAUGCCCUAUGAGAUGAAGGAGAUGGCCCUGGAGGCACUGGUCCAGCUGUGGAGGAUUCCCAGCUUUGUCACUGAGCUGUUCAUCAACUACGACUGUGACUUCAACUGCUCUAAUCUCUUUGAGGACCUCACCAAGCUGCUGUCCAAGAAUGCAUUCCCAGUGUCAGGGCAGCUUUACACCACCCACCUCCUGUCACUGGAGGCUCUGCUCACAGUGAUUGACAGCACUGAAGCCCACUGUCAGGCCAAGGUAGUCAACAGCACCGAUCAACAAGACCAGUCGGAAGCACUGCUGGCAGAGGGAGAAGGUUCAACCAAAAAUGGGACAGACACUUCAACUGAUGUUAAUAGACUGGGUAGUACCAAUGGUCCAAGUUUUCCAAAGGCUGAGAAUGCACCAGUGUCUCCACCAACCAGUGGACAUCUCAUGGCAGAGAAGAUGAGGCUGGGUAGACAGGAUCAAGGAGACAAUGACACUGCUGCGAAGAGAGCCCCAAAAAAACCCCAACGGUUCUCUUCAUAUUUACCAGACUCCCAGGAGUUGUUGGAAAUUAGAACUAAGAAAAAGCUGCUGGUCACAGGCACAGAGCAGUUUAACCAGAAGCCCAAGAAAGGCAUCCAGUUCCUGCAGGAGAAGGGCCUCCUCACUAACCCCAUGGACAACAACCAGGUGGCCCAGUGGCUCAGAGAAAACCCCAGACUGGACAAAAAGAUGAUUGGCGAGUUCAUCAGUGAUCGCAAGAACAUGGAGCUCCUGGACAGCUUUGUAAACACAUUCACCUUCCAGGGACUCCGUAUCGAUGAGGCUCUGCGCCUCUACUUGGAGGCCUUUAGACUACCUGGAGAGGCUCCUGUCAUCCAGAGACUGCUAGAAACAUUCACAGACAACUGGCAUAAGGUGAACGGCUCUCCUUUCAUGACCAAUGAUGCAGGCUUUGCCUUGGCCUAUGCUGUCAUAAUGCUGAACACUGAUCAACAUAACCACAAUGUCCGCAAGCAGAACAUCCCCAUGACUUUAGAGCAAUUCAAGAAAAAUCUGAAGGGAGUCAAUGGAAACAAAGACUUUGACCAGGACAUGUUGGAGGAUAUCUACACUGCUAUCAAGGGUGAGGAGAUUGUGAUGCCAGAUGAGCAGACAGGCUUGGUGAAGGAGAACUACGUAUGGAGUGUGUUGCUCCACCGCGGUGCCACACCUGAGGGUGUCUUCCUUCACUUGCCACCUGGUAGCUAUGACCACGACUUGUUUACAAUGACCUGGGGUCCCACCAUUGCUGCCCUCUCCUAUGUCUUUGACAAGAGCCUGGAUGACAACAUUAUCCAGAAGGCCAUCACUGGCUUCAGGAAAUGUGCAAUGAUAGCGGCGCACUAUGGCUUCAGUGAUGUUUUUGACAAUUUGAUCAUCUCCCUCUGCAAGUUUACCACUCUGAGCAGUGAGUCUGUGGAAAACCUUCCUACCGUGUUUGGCAGCAAUAGUAAGGCACAGACAGCAGCCAAGACAGUGUUUGACCUCGCCCAUCGGCACGGCAACAUUCUAAGGGAGGGCUGGAAGAACAUAAUGGACUCCAUGCUGCAGCUGUUCAGAGCAGAGCUCCUGCCCAAAGCCAUGGUCGAGGUGGAGGAUUUUGUGGAGCCAAAUGGGAAAAUUUCUCUUCAAAGAGAAGAAACGCCCUCAAAUCGUGGGGAGUCGGCCGUUUUGAGUUUUGUCAACUGGUUGACACUGAGUGGAGCCGAGCAGUCAGGACUCAGAGGACCAUCCACAGAGAACCAGGAAGCCAAGCAGGCUGCCAUCCUCUGCAUAAAGCAAUGUGACCCAGAGAAACUGAUCACAGAGAGCAAAUUUUUACAGCUGGAGUCUCUACAGGAGCUAAUGAAGGCUCUGAUAUCAGUCACUCCAGAUGAAGAGACUUAUGAUGAAGAGGAUGCUGCCUUUUGUUUGGAGAUGUUGCUGCGUAUUGUUCUGGAGAACCGAGACCGUGUGGCAUGCGUGUGGCAGACAGUGCGUGACCACCUCUACCACCUUUGCAUCCAUGCCAACGAGAGCUGCUUCCUGGUGGAGAGGGCUGUGGUGGGACUACUGCGACUUGCAAUCCGCCUGCUGCGUCGAGAAGACAUUAGCUCUCAGGUUCUCCUCUGCCUCCGUCUCUUGCUCAUGAUGAAACCUCACGUCUUGUCCCGGGUCAGCAGGGAGGUGGCCUAUGGCCUUCAUGAGCUGCUGAAGACUAAUGCAGCCAACAUCCACUGUACAGACGACUGGUACACACUCUUCUCCCUCCUGGAGUGCAUCGGAGGCGGAGUGAAACCUCCUGCGUCUUUCCAGCUCGCCUCCACCACUACUGACAAUGACACAGGAGCCCAGUCAGAUAGCGAGCUGUCUCCCCAUCAUCCCAGUGAAGUGAGUGUAGACUGUGGCUACAAGUCUGACUCGGAGGUCUACACUGAGCACAGCAAGACCAGGAUGACUCGCUCUACAAAAGAUGUGGAUGUAGCAAGCAGUGGAUGGCUUGUGGUUGGAAAAGAUGACUUGGAGACAAGUAAGAGCCUUCAAAUCAGCUCGAAAGUUCAGCUGAAUCACCCACUGGUCAACCAGUAUAGUCUGACACUGGGUCAGGAUCUGGGCCAGCACGACACCAAAUCUCUUAUCAAGUGUGUGGAAACGCUCUCUUUCAUCGUCCGUGAUGCUGCGCACGUCACCCCUGACAACUUUGAGCUGUGUGUUAGAGCCAUACGAGUGUUUGUGGAGGCCAGCCUCAACGGAGGUUACCGCAACCAUGAUAAGAAGAAGAGCCACAAGUAUGACUCCUCCAAGUCCAGGAUGAGGAAGAAGGCAGGGGGAAGGGAGAAGGAGGGUGGAGGUGGCACGAGGCGAGGUAGCAGCCGGGCAUCCAGCCAGCGUCCAUCACGCUCCCACAGCGAUGAUGAAGAGGAUGAAGGUGUCCCGGCCAGCUACCACACGGUGUCAUUACAGGUUAGUCAGGAUCUGUUAGACCUGAUGCAUACACUGCACACCCGGGCAGCCAGCAUCUACAGCUCCUGGGCAGAGGAGCAGCGCCAUCUGGAGGCUGCAGGCAGGAAGAUUGAGGCUGACUCUCAGACUCUGUGGACCAGCUGCUGGUGCCCGCUGCUGCAAGGUAUUGCUUGGCUGUGCUGUGAUGCCAGACGACAGGUUCGUAUGCAGGCCCUCACCUAUCUUCAGAGGGCACUGCUCGUCCACGAUCUGCAGACACUUGACGCAACUGAGUGGGAAUCCUGCUUCAAUAAGGUGCUUUUCCCCCUGCUGACUAAGCUGCUUGACAGCAUCAGCCCAGCAGAUGUGGGCGGCAUGGAGGAGACCAGAAUGAGAGCCUGCACACUUUUGUCAAAGGUUUUCCUCCAACACCUCUCUCCUCUGCUGUCACUGCCUACCUUCACUGCCCUCUGGGUCACCAUUCUGGAUUUCAUGGACAAGUACAUGCACGCAGGAUCCAGUGACUUACUGCUAGAGGCGAUCCCUGAGUCGCUCAAGAACAUGCUGCUGGUGAUGGACACAGCAGGGAUCUUCCACAGUGCUGACUCCAGGACAGGAUUCUCAGACUUGUGGGAAAUAACUUGGGAACGAAUUGUCUGCUUCCUGCCUCACUUGAGGGAGGAGCUCUUCAAACAGACUGUCAUAGCAGAUCCAGUGCCCAGUCCUCCAGCAGACCCUGUGCAGCCAACACCUCCAGCAGCCCGGCCUUCAUCGCCUGAAGUGUCACCAUCUUCACAGCUGCCCUCUCCAGUCCCGGUCCCAGUUCCAUCUACAGAGACACAGACCUCCAGUAGACCAGCAUCACCCCAGGAGCCCCAGUCAGCCUAUGCCAAUGGAUCAGACCGAUCAUCUCCGGUCCCACCCUCAAUGCCCCCUAUGCCUGUGCCGUUAAUGGCAUCCCCUGCCCAAGGUCCGUCACCUCUAAGCCAGUCCCCGCUCAUCCUGCAGCCCCUUGCUUCUCCACUGCAGGUAGGAGUCCCGCCCAUGUCCCUGCCAAUCAUCCUGAACCCUGCCCUCAUAGAAGCAACGUCCCCUGUACCGCUACUUCCCAGUCCCAGACCUGCAAGCCCUUCUAACGAGGUCAAGUAAGAGAACUCAACCCUCUACUCCCAGCCAGACCACCACCCCCCUUCAAAAACUGGACCCAACAGACUUUAACUACAACUUGAUCAAGAUCUGCUUGUCACCAAGUUUUUAAAAUGACAUAAUAUAUAUGAGACCACAAAUUAAAUGUACUCUCGCAGCAAAAUGACACCAAUCAUUGGUGUACUUUUGUAUUUUAUUCUUGUUCCUAUAAGGACAUGUGGCGUCAUGUCCAGAAACCCAGGAUCAAAGUAAUACUCUGAAUAUUCCAUGUAAAAUUCUGAUUGAGGCAAAGUGGCUUUGUCUUAAAUGUGGGUUGUGACACGUGUUUUACUCUGGAGGUGUGAGUGAGGUUUGGAAGGUGUUAUUCUCAUUUGUUUUGUCUAAAAAUCCCAAGAAAAGAGCCAAGUCAACCACGUUAGUCCAUCUCUCAAUACCUUCUAUUCUCUUUUUAACUACUUUAAAGAUUGAGACAUUUCCCAAAACAGGAGGAAAUGGUGCAUUGUUGGAGACUACAUUCAUUAAUGGAAAUGUAGAAAGGUGUGUGUGGAGUCUAAAUGAACUAGUGUGUGUGUUCAUGGUAAUGAAGGUGUGUUUUUGGAUUAAACUCACUUUAAUACACACAGAACAUGUUGGUAUGGUGUGGCUCUGCAUGUGGGAUUUGUUGGCAGUAUAUCACCUGCUUUGAGGGACUUCGACUUUCUCCUGAAUGAACUUAAUAUCAUAGAUUGAUUUAAUAUGUUUUGAUGUGUGAGGGUGGGCGACUUCCUGUUCUGAUCAACAUCAGGUUCAUGUUUUUAGAAGAAUCACUAUCAGAACUAACACGAUGCAGUACUCAUCUGAAAUCAUUGUGAAGUUUUCAGUAGGAGGAGGAACAGCAUUCUCACCUGAACAAGAGCACCAUUUUGUUUUUAUUUCCUAUAUUUGAACUUGAUCAGACUGGGAAGACCUCAUAGCAGCAUUCUCUCACCUGUGCUUAAUAUCAAUGUAGAGAUUUACGGCCGGGACUUUUAAAGAGCCACACAGGCAAGUUAUUUGGUUAUUAGGUACUGCAUGUUGCUCCAGAGCUUUGACUUCAGUCAGAUAUUCCACAGUAACAGAGCUGUUAUAUCACCCACCACUCAGAGAUCAGCAUCUGACUGAAAAGUGUACAGAAAGUGUACAGUUUUUGUUUCACACAGACCAAACUAUGCUUGAAUUCACAUAACUGGACUGGAGAUGUCACAUCUACAACAUUCCAAAAUGUAGUUUGGAAGUGUACAGUGAGUUCGGGCUGUUGUACAGAGAAGAAUUUGACAUCCAAAUAGUGACUUUUAUGGUUUAUUUUGAAUCUAACAAAUAAUUUAAAGAGUUCAGUAUUGAUGUCAUUUUGUCAUGUUUGUGCCGCACAGUGCGUACAGCAGUCCACACGUGAUUAAUCCCCAGGGGCCUGUUACUCCUCACAUCACUAGGAAAUCUGUGGAAGAUAAUAGCAACUCAACACCUUGUUCCAUGGAGUCAGUUCUGAAAACUUCAGUUUAAAUUAGCACUGAAUCUAUAGUAUUGAAGUACUUUUACUUAGAAAACCAUCCAUCUCCAUUUAUGAGGCUUAAACUUCAUUUUAGUGGUGUAACCUUACAAACUCAUUAACUGGAUUCUCUGGAAGUGAGAUUAUUGAACAGCAUACAUAGAGCACACAAGACCAUAUAAUAUGAUGAAUAUUUAGUACUAUUUCAAUUUUUUUAUCGGUUAAAAAAUGAAAACUUAAAUAUGUGAACUGUUCAGGACACUCGUGUAUGUUGGACACAUCAAACAGAUCAGCUGUCAGGGUCACAUCUCGACUGAAGACUAAACUUUAAAGUUUUUGAUAUCCGAGGUCAAAUGUUGAAGUGCUAUUUUUGUUUCGCAGUCAGGUGUUCAGCGACUGUUUGUAGUUUGCUUCCACACAACUCGUUUGUCAUCUUUGCAUGCUGUUGUGCCUUGGGUACAAUAACAUGGACCCUGACAAACUGAUGGAGUCUAACUUAAAUGCCAAAUAUGUGACUCAGAGCAUAGUCUAGAUGUGGAUAUAAAGCUUAACAUCCAUUCAAAGUGGCCCUGGGAUUCUCUCAGUGAUGUUUAAUGUUAUUUAUUGACUUUGGAAAAAGAGAAAGAGUUGGACUUCAUCACUGCAUUACAGUUGAUAUAAAUACAGUGCGUGUAUGUCAGUCAGGUAACGCUACAGCCUUAUGGAACCACCAACAUGAGAUUUGUAAGCUGUAUGUUUAUUUGUUGUAUGGGAGCUGAUUCUUGCUUGAACAGGAAAUUACAUGAAUAUAAUGUGUAUAUAUAUAAAUGAUAGGUAAAGUACUUUUUACUAUGUAAUAAAUAUAAUGUAAAGAAAAUGAUAAUUCUGCUGUGCCGUGUUGUUUAUCUGAAAAGUUGUCUUAUUAAACCUGAAACA